AUGACGGCGGGGCUCGCCGCGUCUGUAACACAACGAGAGACGCGAACGGCGAUCGCGAUGCAGGUCGCGGAGGCGGAGACGCGCGGGGGCGAGCCGUCCGCGCGACGCCCGAGGAAGGGCCACGCGCCGCGGGCGACGACGAAGACGGCGCCGAGCGCGACCGACGUCGAGAUCGACGUCCUCGCGCCGGCGACCGACGAAAAGGAGGUGUCCGACACGCCCUCGCGGGGGCCCGCGGACGGCGUCGCGGGCCCCCCGCGCGGGUACCGCGAUCUCGCCGACGUCGACGACCCCGCGAAGAACGAGAACGCGGACGCGCGCGAGGACGAUCGCGAGGACGACGCCGCCGCCGACGACGACGACGACGCGCGCGAGACGACGGAAACGAUGGGACAAACGGUCACCACCGCGGUCCCCGCCGCCGCCGCGCGCCCGCCCGUGAACGUCGAGGACGACGACGCGGAGGACGACGACGACGCGACCGCGCGAUCCGAAGAAGACGUCGAGCGGAACGCCGUCGCGGCGAGCCCGACGUACGCGGCGCGGGGACCGUCGGGGGCGACGGCGACGGGGACCGCGACCAUGACCAGAGAGGAGCUCGUCGGCGGGUUGGGCGGAGGAGACGACGGGGGAAAGCCGAACACGCCGGGCUCCGUGCAUAAACCGGUGGGGCGCCCGAUGAACGUGGUGUCGUCGCCGAGCGCGACGGUCAACGCGGACGGGAGCCUGAGGUCGGAGAGGUUGGCGGCGGCGCGCACGCUGCUCGCGGCGCCGGCGCCGCCGGGGGGGGUCGGGGUCGCGGCGACGGCGGAUCGAUCGACGGAGGACGCCGCCGCGGAUGCCGAGGCGAGAUGGCGCGCGCUGACCGCCGCCGCGGAGGCGCCGCCGCUGUAUCACAUCACGCCCGCCGCCGACGAGUUGGCGAACGCGGGAGGAGGAGGAGGAGGAGGAGGAGGACUGAAGUACGGCGAGAUGGGGUCCCGGUCGAAGGCGAGCGCGCAAGGGUGGGUGCACCGCGUGCGCGUGAAGAAAAAAUGCGUCGUCGACGACUGCGCGCGGUUCCGCGUAGCACCCGAAGGGGUGGGCUCGCGGCACAACGGGAAGAUCCGCCUGCCGUUGACGUGCCCCAUGCAUCUGGACGCGACGACGGUGCUCAUCGGCGGGAUCCCGUCGCGAGAGUGCCAGGCGUGCCGCGCGUUCCACCCGCUCUCGGAGUUUGGCAAGGACAACAAGACGUGCGAGCGGCGCCUGAAGCGGAAGAAGGUGCGGUACCACAUGUCAGCGACGGGGUCGGAUUUCACCGACGCGGAAGCGGAAGCCGCGGCGUUGGCGCUCGUGGAGAAAGCGGGCGACCGACGCGUCCCCGUCUUUAGCGCCGCCUCACUGAAACGCGGCGGCGGCAGCGGCGGCGGCGGCGGCUUCAGACUCCUCGGCGGGCACCCCAAGAAGAAGCGCACGGGCGUCACGCCCGGCCCGGUUCGCGAGAAGAUUCGCAGUGAGGCCAAGCAGAUCGCGGCGGGGCUCCCCGGGUCGUUCCCCGCGCCGCCCAGGUCGACCGCCGACGACGACGACGCCGACGCCGGUUUGCUCGAACGCUACUCGAGCUUGCGCGGCUCGAUGCCGCGAGACGCGUCGUUGCACGAAGCCGCCGCGCGCGGCGCCGCGCGCGGGUUCCACGACGCGGUCACCAACGCCGUCACCAACGCCGUCACCAGCGCCAACGACGCCGGGUACGCGCACCAGCCGGCGCUCGCGGAGUUGGGGCGGCGGCAGCAGCCGCCGCCCUCGGCGCCGCCGCCGCCGCGGGCGUCGUCCCCAAACCCGGGGCAGAGCCCGGCGCAGCAGGCGGCGGCGACGCUCGCGGCGCAGUGCCUCAUGGCCGCGUCGACGCUUCUGUCGCAGGUGGCGUCGUCGCCGGCGGCGGCGGCGGCGGCGCCGCCGCCGCCGGCGCCGGCGACGCAGAGCUCCCCGGCGGGCGCGCUCAUCGCGGCGCUCCAUCAGCAGCGACAGUCGGCGGCGGGCGCCGGCGCGAACCUCGCGGCGUUGCUCGCCGCGGGAGGUCUGCCCGGGGCUGGGGGGGCUGGCGGGGACGGCGGCGGCGUCGGCGGACUCUCCGCGGAUGCGCUCGAGGCGAUGCGCGCGGCGCAGGCGCGCGCCGACGCGGCGAACGAGGCGGCGGAUCGCGCCAACGGGGACGUGCAGAAGCAGCUGAGCGACGCUCAGGUGCGUUCUACACAAAAGUUUUUCACCCAUCGCCCGGUUUCAACAUUUGAUCGCUUCCCCUUUCAACUGACCGGAGAACUGUUUUUGUAUGGAAUGGCCCUCAGGCGGCGGCGGGGUGCAGGGUGA